AUUGUUUAUAAAAUUACAAGUAACCUAAAAUAUGUAAAAAGAAUUAAAAUUAUUUAAGUCUGUUUUAUUAAACCGGCGUUUGUAAAAUUUUCAAUGUUGACAAAGCCGACUAUCAACAAAAUCCUAAGGGAGGCCCAAUCGGGCAACUUGGAAGUAAUCAAAGAAAACUUGUCCACCACCCAAUUACAUUGGUCAACACUAAAAUACGACAAAACUGGCGACUCAAUACUGCACUGUGCAGCUCGACUGGGAUACCUCCACAUACUUGAAUACCUAUUAACAAAUUUCACCCCCAAUUCGGUGGACUGCCGUAACAACGACAACAAAACAGCCCUGCACGAGGCCGCACAGUUCGGACAACACGAGUGCGUGAGGCUGUUGCUCAAACAUGGUGCUGAGGUGAAUGCCCUGAAGAAAGCCGACUGGACUCCCCUGAUGUUGGCCUGCACCAAAGUUGAACCGGACACUUGGAUGAACAACUACAACUGUGUUCAGAUUUUAUUGGAAAGUGGUGCUUUGAUCAACUACCAGAACAAGGAUGGCUGGAGCACCGUACACCUGAUAGCAAGGGAAGGCAGCAUCGAGAUUUUACAAUUGUUACUAGCAAAUGGUUUGAAUGUUAGCUUAAAAACCAAAAACGGACGGACUGCUUUACAUGUAGCCUGUCUGCAUGGGAAUUUGGGGGUGGUUAAGGCUUUGUUCGAUCUCAAAGUAAGUAUUGAAGAAAAGGAUAAUUGUGGCAACACACCUUUGCAUGAGGCUGUUUUGGCAAAGAACAUAGAGGUUUGUAAGUUUUUAAUUCAACAUAAUGCUGACAUAAACUGUAGAAAUAACACGGAUUUUUCAAUUUUACACUUGGCUUGUAGCCAAGAUGAUGUUUCUAUGAUCAAAUUUAUUUUGAAUGAACUGAAUUUUAAUGUAAAUAUUGUAAACAAUAAGGGACUAAGCCCCUUGCAUUGUGCUUCCAGGAAGAAGCUCUUAAAUGUGUGUGAUUAUUUAAAAUCUGUUGGAGCAGACACAACAAUAAGGGACAGUUUUAGUAGAUUGGCGGAAGAUUAUUUGUGAUACUGGAUAAUUAAGUGGCAGUUUUAAUGUUUAAAAUUGUCGUCGUGAGUGAAGACAGUUGGAUAUUAUAAAUUGCAACUAUUAGGAUCAUACAACUGAAGAGCUAGAGGGCUAUCACAAUUUCCAGCACUAUCACCAACUCUGGUCACAUUGUGGAUGUUCAAAAAUCUCUUUCAUUUACUUAAAAUGAACUACCAUGUAUAAUUUUCUUAAUAAAAGCUUAACACAACAAUUAGUGGACUUAUUUUUAUUAAUAAUUUUCAAUUCAACUUCUUUUUUGGUGAUAAUUAUCCAGAUCAUUACAAAAGUAAAAAGCUUCUUCCC